AUGACUACAGAGCAAAAAGGGGAAGGGCCAGAGGAUGUUGAUACUAUUGGGGUCUAUGUUGGAAAACGUAAUCUUGCUGGAGAUAGACAUGGCGAAGGAUGGGCUAUAUUACCUAAUGGAGAUUUUUACGAAGGCUGCUACUGUCGCGGCAUGAGGAGUGGAAAAGGCUUGUACAUUUUCAAGAAUGGUGCUCGCUAUGAAGGGGAAUGGCGUCGGGCCAUGAAAUACGGCGUAGGGCGCAUGGUGUACCCAGAUGGCUCCAGCUACGAAGGUGACUGGAGACAUGAUCUCAAGCAAGGGUUUGGAGCUUAUUAUUACCCCAAUGGUGACAUUUACGAAGGUGCCUGGUUCAAGGGUAAAAGACAUGGACUGGGAACCUAUUUGUUUGCUGAGUACCAGAUUAAAUUCAUGGGGACUUGGCUGCAAGGCGUCAUUCAGGGUCCAGGGCAAAUUAUCUACCCACGUUACCGCUAUCAUGGUUCCUGGUUGAAAGGAAAGCCUAAAGGCACUGGAUGUUUUGUUUUUGACACUAGUUGUAUGCAACAUGGAUUUUAUUUGCUUAUAAAAGAUCCAGCCUUAGAAGAGUUAGGAGAGGGCGAAGAAGAGAAAGAUGAAAAUAAGGAAGAAAAACUUGGCGAGGAAGAAGAAGAAGCGGAGAUAGAUGAGACGUAUGGUAAAAUAUCAACAUGGCGAGCCCGCAACGUGACAGCAUACAUGGCUGAGUUCCUACCGCCGGAGCCAGUUCCUCUUCCCGUCUGCGAUUCAAUUCCAUCCCUCACUGACGAAAGUAUUGAAACCGACGUCAUGGUCUUCGAGCCUCCUUAUACAAUGCCUGAAGACGAAGGUGGAGACGAUAAUGAUUCUUGGUUACUGCAUAGACAAAAGUUUUUAGAAGAACCUGAAGUAAAGGCGGAUUAA